CGUUGCCGCGUAAAAGCGCAUUCGUACGUUGCCGGCGCGCGUGCGACUACCGUCGUUGUGUCGGUAUAUACGUGAUUUCAUGUUUGUUCUUUCAAUAGUAUUGUGUUAUUAGUUGUGUGGUUUGAAAUUUAUUAUUUUAAACUUUUAAGACUUAUUAAGAUGUUAAUUUAGAAUGUGUUGAUUAUUUUAUAUCAGCUGCUUGCGUAAUGGAUAUUAGAUCAACGCGUUUACUCACACUCGGAUCAAACAAAAUGUGGUUGAAAUGGACGUUGAUUACUAUGAUAGCGUUUUCAACGACAGGCGUGGCUGAAGGACACGUCAACAUGACAAUUCGAAAAGAAUCAACUAUGCCACCAUCUACGGCAGAAAACGUCACUGAGUACGACGAAAUGGCCAACUAUACGGAUGAAGAAUAUGCGAAUUACAUAGAAAAUUAUGUUACACCCCAAAAAUCCGAAUGGGUAUUUAUAGUCAUGCACUCUAUGGUAUUCGUUGUCGGACUUAUUGGAAACGCUUUAGUCUGCGUGGCUGUUUACAGGAAUCGAACAAUGCGAACGGUAACGAAUUAUUUCAUCGUUAACUUGGCGGUGGCUGACUUUUUAGUGAUCCUAAUCUGCUUACCACCAACUGUGGUGUGGGAUGUCACAGAAACAUGGUUCAUGGGCACUCUAGCUUGCAAAAUGGUUUUAUACUUUCAGACUGUCUCUGUAACCGUGUCAGUAAUGACGUUGACGUCAAUCUCUAUCGACCGUUGGUACGCCAUCUGUCAUCCUUUAAAGUUCAAAUCUACCACCAGCCGUGCCAGAACCGCCAUUAUUAUCAUAUGGAUUGUGGGACUCGCCUCAGAUAUUCCAGAGCUGUUGGUGUUGGAAGCCGUCGGAAAGACAAAACGGUUUUCGUCUAUUUAUCUGACACAAUGCGAAGCUCUCUGGAGCCAAGAGUCUGAGACUACCUAUCAAGUCGCCAAGACAAUCAUGCUUUACAUCCUGCCCCUAUUGCUCAUGUCGAUUGCCUACUAUCAGAUUGUCCGGGUGCUAUGGAAAUCCGACAACAUACCAGGACACACAGAAACCGUACAAAUGUUUAAUGCCAAUGCUUACAACGGGUUCAACCGAACAGCGACGAUGGGGUGUACCAGCACGAUGGCUCAGAUAAAAGCCAGAAGGAAAGCGGCGAAAAUGUUGGUGGCAGUUGUGGUCAUGUUCGCGCUGUGCUUCUUUCUCGUGCACCUGAUGAACUUGUUGAGAUUUACGGUGGGCAUUCAACAGUCGCAGACAACAGCUCUAGUUUCAAAUUUAAGUCAUUGGCUGUGCUACGCUAACAGCGCAGUGAACCCGCUGAUAUACAACUUUAUGAGUGGCAAAUACCGUAACGAAUUCAAACGGUUGUUCCUCUGUUGGGGAUCGCACAGGCAGAAUCGCCUGCGUCGUGGAGCGCACACGUCCCGUAGUGGCACGUACAUUUGCCGAUUCACGAUGACCACAAUGAAGACAGACAACGUGAGCUUUGGACUAUCGCCUGAAGACAUUCAGUGAAUAUAAUACUAAGGUGACACGGCGGAGACGAGACUAUAAUAAUAUUAUACUCGCUCAAAGGCGACCUAUAUUUUUUUUUUUUUAGUCUUCUUAUUUUGGCUUCUAUACGUAUAUGUUACAUAUUAUAUGUGUGAGUAUGUUUAUAUAUAUAAAUAAGAUUUGGGGUAAAAUUUUUCCCAUUUAUAUAUAACCAUGACUUUCUAUAUAUUGUGUGUACAGAAAAAAGAUACGUGCGUGCGAGUGCACUCGGAAUUAUCGAUAAAAUAAUAUAUAAUAUAUACUAGUCGCACGUGUCCGGCGAUCUCCUAUUAUCUUCCACCCACCUAUACCCUUGAUAAAAGUCUGACGGCUGUUUCCUCGAGAAUACGACACAUAAAUAUAUGUAUAUACAAUUUAUUCAGGUCUUCUGCCACACUUUCAAAUAUAUAGUUUUUAAUAUAUAUUUGAGUUUUUCUAUACCAUAUAAUAUAUAUAUACAUAUAUAUACAUACAUACUUACAAUACCAUAUAAAAUUGUAUUAUACUACUAUUAUAAUCAUAUAUAUUAAUAUACUAUAUGGUAUUCUUUUCCUGUGUGUUCGUAUGAUGUUGUUUAUCAAUUAUUAUAUAACGCGUAUGUAUAUAAUAUACUGUAAUAGUUAAUAAUUAAUGUAUUACAUUUUGUAAAUAAUAAUACGUAAUAUUAUAUUAUUAACUUUAUAUUUUAUUUUAUUUUUUUUUAUUACUAUCAUUAUUUAAAUUAUUGACUAAAAUCUUCUGAACCACAUCAUAAAUGAAAAUUGUAUAUAUUACCUAUAAAUUAUAUAAUCUUAUAUUUUACUAUACAGUUUGCAAUAUGACUCGUCAAAAAUUAUAGAAAAUAUUAUACAUCGACACGCGCACCAGAAUUGAAUAAAAAACGAUCAAGUUUAGCAAUCGCAAUUGGACAUUAUCGGGCAUUAUAGUAUGUAUGAUUGAGGACCCCGUGACAUUUAAUAUACAUUGUAUAGAUAUUUGCGUACCAGUAAACACAUUUUGUGUAGUUUUAAUGUUUCCUACAGAGGAAUGCAGUACAUAAUACGAUUGUUAUUGACUCAAUUUUCGAUCGGAAGACCAUAAGGAAACAUUGGAUAAUUAUUGUAUAAUAUAUAGCAUACCGGUAAGUCGUGUUGAAAAAACGAAGACGUCUCGUAUAAUUGCCAACACCUGUUUUAUUUAUUUAAUUUUUGAUCUUCGUUAGCAAGACACGUUGAUUUUACUAUAAUAUAUUAUACAUUACAAUUUUACGUACGACGUCUUAACUAUAGCAUAGUAUAGACGACGGUAUAAAAAUUUCCAUAACUAUGUGCGAUUUUUAUUAUUGACUAAUAUAGUAAUUUAUACUGUGGUACACGGGUGUUCACUAUCCGCUUUUCUAUAGUUGCAUUUAUUACAUUUUUUGAUUUAUGGCAUCCCAACUUGUCCACCUGCGUUCUUGUCCCGAUUGGUAUUUUUGCCUAAAUGUAAAAUUCCUCUCCUCCUUCCCCAUCGAAAAAAUAUUCAAUUCAUCCACCGCAACAAUGUGAAAUUGAAUAUUCUGUUAUUUUAAUUUAAUACUGUAUAUAUACGUAAAACGAUAUUCUUAAGGAUCAUUUAUUAUAAUACUUGUUCUGACUAAAUUUGUGAUUUAAAUAAAAAGAUAUAAAGGCAUUUCAUAUUUUACCAGAUAAAUAAAACACUCUAAGUUUGUUCCUGAUUUUCUUUUUAGCAUAUAUUGGUCCUUGGACUAAAGUAUAAUAAGGCGAUAUUGUUUAGUUUACCUCAUUAUAGACAGACGUAUAAUUCACUCCCACCGCCAUCGUUGUGUAUAAUUGUAAUAAUAAACAACUCACCGAAACUAUGAUAAAUACUGAAUGUUGUAAAUUAUUAUUUAUUUUACUAGCCGACAGACCUAAACAUGUUUAUAAAUAAUAUAACUAAGUACUCACUACUCACUAACAAAGUAAAUAACUAAAUAUAACACAAUGAUGUAAAAUGUGCACGUAAGCAGGGCGAUAUCUUUACAGGACAAAUGUGACAGAUGUUAUUAUUUUAUUUCCGAAUGGUUUUCUAUACUAAAAUAAUAAGAUUACUGUUCAUUCAAGUACACACUAUUAUGUUUUUCCUAUAGACAUAACAUUAUAGAAUAGUUAUAGUUCCGCUUACCUUACUGACCUCGAAAUAAACAUAUUUUUCCAAUUGAUUAAUUUUCAUCCUUGCCUCGCAAUUUCCGAUUUUAGAUGAUAUUAUUUGUAUUAAUUUAUUUUUCAGGUGACCCGUCAAAUUUAAAUUUCCUCAGUUAUGGGUAAAAUAAUAAAUUAAUCGAUUGAUAAUUUAAAACGAAAUAAUUGAAUAUGAUAAUAAUAUGAUCAUUAGUUUUAACAAAAUGAACUACUCGAAUAUUUAAAUGUUUGUCAGUACUUAUAAAACUUUUAAAUUAAAUUAUUAUCAAUUGAAAUGGAUAUAAAUAUGAGUACCUUUUUAUUUUUCAACAAAUUUUUGUUCUCUGAAUGACCCAUCAUAUUUUAAUUUAAUACAAAAAAUCUUAAAUCAAUAAAAUAUUAUUACCUGACCCUUUUUCCAGUAACCAGGAUCCUGAAUACGUCUAAUAUGUAUUAUUGUGUUUGGAUUUUGGCCACGUAAUGUGGUUAAUACCAAUACGUAUAUAAGGGGACGUCAAAUCCAACUGACGAUUCUCUACAUUUUCUAUGGACUGCGCUUGGGUUUAAUUCGCAUCGUUGCACACAGCUCGAUGUCGAGCUUAACUUCAGAUAUUAUAUCAAUACUAUACAAAACUACACCUAUUAUUAUUAUAAUAAGUGACUUAUGAAUGGACAUUUAUUGAAUUUUUGAAUUAUAUUACUACAUUAUAUAAGCUAUAUAAUAAUAAUAAAAAAAUUGUUUUAUUAUAUUAUAAUACGUACCUACUUGUAGUUAGUAAACAUUAUUUUUUAUCUCGUACGAGCAUGGUAUAAAUAUAGUAUGCUAUGGAUACGUAUGUAUAAAUAUUAAAUACAAUUAUAUUAUACGUAAGUACAUAACAAGUAAGUAAUGUUCAUGUACCUACGCUUAUUAUAAUAUCUCGGAAAAAUAAUUGGUGAGUGUGUGUGUGAUUGACAUUCAAAAUGAUUUCCAAAUAGUAUCUUUGAAAUGUAUAAUUAUCUUUACUAUACUUAAUAUAAUGACACACAUGUUGCAGUGACCUCGUAAGGCAUAUUUUAUUAGUUAUUAAUUCACUCAAAUAUGACGUGGCCCCCUAAAAAAAAAAUUCCAUCACUCAUCGUGUAUUUUUUUUUUCUAGUCACUAAAUUGUAAGUGGCUAUGGGUGUUAAUUAUUAAGAUUCAUUAUUAUUAUUGUUAAUGAUUAUUAUUAUAUAUUUGUAAUUAUUAUAAUUAUUUUAUGUUUGUGCAUUAAACUUCUCAAUUAUUUGUGUUCUCUUAA